AUUUUCUUUCCUUUUUUGAAAACAUUGAAACGCAGAUGCGUAGUUAGAAUAAUUUUUAAAUUUAUUCAUUUACUUUCAACUUUUAUUAAUAUAUAUAUUUUUUAUAUAAGUAAUUUAAAUUAAUCAGACAAUAUGCCUUUAUACAACUUCAAAAAGAUCACGGUCGUACCUACCGCAAAGGACUUUGUUAAUAUUAUGUUAUCAAAAACUCAACGUAAGACUCCAACUGUUGUGCAUAAACAUUAUAAAAUAUCCAGAAUACGGUCUUUUUAUACACGUAAAGUACGAUAUACUCAACAGAAUUUCAAUGAACGUUUGUCAAUGAUUAUUCAAGAAUUUCCCAAAUUAGACAAUAUUCAUCCGUUUUAUGCUGAUUUAAUGAAUAUACUUUACGAUAAGGACCAUUACAAACUUGCUCUUGGGCAACUUAAUCAAGCAAGACAUCUUAUUGACAAUGUUGGUAAGGAUUACGUUCGUCUCAUGAAAUUUGGUGAUUCAUUAUAUCGCUGUAAAAUGUUGAAGAAAGCAGCUCUUGGACGGAUGGCUACAAUUAUGAAAAGACAAGCUCCCAAUUUAGUUUAUUUAGAACAAGUUCGUCAGCAUUUGUCACGUUUGCCAUCAAUUGAUCCAUACACUAGAACAUUAAUAUUGUGUGGUUUUCCUAAUGUUGGAAAAUCCAGUUUCUUAAAUAAGAUAACUAGAGCUGAUGUAGAAGUCCACUCGUACGCAUUUACAACAAAAAGUUUGUAUGUUGGACAUACAGAUUACAAAUACUUACGUUGGCAAGUUGUGGACACUCCAGGAGUAUUAGAUCAUCCUUUAGAAGAAAGAAAUGUUAUUGAAAUGCAGGCUGUUACUGCUUUGGCCCAUUUAAGAGCUGCUAUUCUUUAUUUCAUAGAUGUUUCUGAACAAUGUGGUCACUCAAUUGCAGAACAAGUUAAGCUUUAUGAGUCUAUAAAACCAUUAUUUACCAACAAACCAUUAUUAGUUGUGUGUAACAAAGUUGAUGUUACACCUAUGGAUCAGUUGAGUGAGGCUAACCGUGAAGCAUUAAGUAUUUUUGAAAAAAAUAAUGUUCCACUCUUGUCAAUGUCUGCUGUAACUGAUGAAGGUGUUAUGGAAGUUAAACAGCAGGCCUGUGAUACUCUCUUAGCUUAUCGCAUUGAAAACAAAAUCCAAGCUAAGAAAGUUGAUUCUAUUUUGAAUCGAUUACAUGUAGCACUACCUAAAACUCGCGAUGAAAAAGUACGACCUCCUUGUAUACCAGGUAUAUUUUAUUUUAUGAAAUCAAUUUUUAAUUUUUUAAUAAUAUAUUUAUUUUUAUUAGAAAUGGUAUUGCAAAAACAAAGAUUGGCUGAACUACAAGAAUUUAAGAAGAAGCUUGAGAAAAAUUUGGAAGAUGAACUUGGAGAUGAUUAUAUUUUGGACCUUAAAAAGAAUUAUGAUCUACCUGAUGAUAUUAAAUAUGAUGUAAUACCAGAAUUUUGGAAUGGAAGAAACAUUGCAGAUUUCAUUCAUGCGGAAUUAUUGCAGAAAGUUGAAGAUCUUGAAAAAGAAGAAGCGCUUAGAGAAGAAGCUGGAUAUUAUGCUGUACCUAAAAUUGAAAUUGAUGAAACUUUGCGAGAAAUUAAAGAACUGGCUCAAAAGAUUAGAGAUCGCAAAAUUAUUAAUCGUAAUGAAAGUAGAAUAUCUCGACAAUCCAGUAAACCUACCACACCUAGAACUGCCCCAGCUCGAGCCCGUGGCCGUAGUGCUACAGACUUCAGAAACCGCAUGGAAGAUCUUGGUGUCGACAUGGAAGGGACUGAUGAAGCUCAUUUUACAAAAACUCGUGGUCGUGCUCGUUCAUUAACAAGAUCUCAGUCAAGAACAAAUGCCAAAAAACCACGUUUAGGAUCUAUGCAACGCUCAGUAUCAACAUCAAGAAGUCAGAGUAGAUUACCAAGAAAUCAAUCUGGUGUUCGUGACUCUUCGAUGCAAUUGAAACUUAAACAAGUGGCGCACAAAGCAAUUGCGAAGAAAGUUAAGAAGCAAGGUCUCAAAGGUGAAGCUGAUAGAUUCAUUGGAACUAAACGACCAAAACACUUGUAUGCUGGUAAAAGAGGCAUUGGCAAAACAGAAAGACGUUGAUUCAUUUACAUUUUACUUUAUUUUUUUUAAUGACUUUAUUAUUAUUAUUUUUCAAAAUUAAAAAGUAUUUUGAAUAAAUUUAAAAAAAAUAAUUGAAUAAUAUUUUGUACGUUAAUGUUAUGUAUAUGUUGGUUAAUAAACAUAGAUUUAACUUAACUAA